AACUACGUGGCCCGGCGCCACGGCUGCCGGAGUGGCAUGGCCGCCUUCGUGGCCCGACGCCUGUGCCCGGACCUCAUCGUGCUGCCGCUCAACUUUGACAAGUACCGCGCCAAGGCCGCCGAGGUGCGUGCCGUCCUCGCGCGCUACGACCCGCGCUUCGAGUCCGCCAGCAUCGACGAGGCCUACCUCAACCUGACCGCCCACUGCGCCGAGCACGGGCUCGCCCCCGACGAGACCGUCCGCCUCCUGCGCGCCGAGAUCUACGCCUCCGCCGGCAUCACCGUCUCGGCGGGCAUAGCCGCCAACGCGAGGCUGGCCAAGAUCUGCUCCGACAUCAACAAGCCCAACGGCCAGUAUCUCCUGCCGAGCGACCGCACCGCCAUCAUGGCCUUUAUGCGCGACCUGCCGUGCCGCAAGGUCAACGGGGUGGGCCGCGUGCUGGAGCGGGAGCUGUCGGCGCUGGGCAUCGUGACGUGCGGCGACGUGUACGUGCAACGGCAGUUCCUGGGCCGGCUGUUCGGGGACAAGGUAUACGGGUUCCUGCUCCGCUGCCACCUCGGGCUGGGCAGGACGAGCGUCCAGCCGGCCGAGGAGUACGGGCGCAAGAGCGUCGGCACCGAGAGCACGUUCCGCGACAUGUCGGACCCGGCGCUGCUGCGCGACAAGCUGCGGUCGACCGCCGUCGAGCUGGAAGGGGACUUGCACAAGGCCGCGUGCAAGGGCCGCACCCUCGUGCUCAAGGUCAAGCUGCACACGUACGAGGUGUUCACGCGCCAGGCCGUCCCGCCCAAGGCGGUCUGUCUGGCAGACGAUCUGUACGGCUACGCCCUGCCCAUGCUCACCAAGCUGGAGCAGGAGAUCCCCGGGAUGAAGCUCCGGCUGAUGGGCUUGCGGUGUACGAAUCUCGUGAGCACCAAGAAGCCCGACACCCUUGCAUUUUUUGGCCUUAAACCGAGGCGGGCAGACUCCGCGGACGGUGGAGACCGACGAGACUCGGUUAGCGACAAGAUAAAGGCAAACGAUAACCCCACAGAAGACGGGCAAUGGGAGCAAUGGCCAGAAGAAGAAGUGCUCGGCGACUACGAAGCAGACAUGGAAGAGCACGGGGAGGAACUGAGAGGAGGUACGGGCGCGAGUCCCGACACGACGACGCACGCAAAGGAGAUACCGCCCAAGACGAAGGAGCCCGCCCCGGAGGAGGAGGAGGAGGAGGAGGAGGAGGAGUGGUGGGACUGCCCGGUUUGUAGCCGGCCCCAGGCCGCGGACGAGAGGCUGUUCAACGAGCACAUCGACUUGUGCCUGUCGCGGCAGACCAUCCGAGACGCCGUGCAGCAGCACGCCGACCUCCUGUCAGCUGAUGGCGGCGACGCUGCGGCGACGCCCGAGGGUAAGAGGCAGAGGGCGGGGGCGGGGACCGGGGCGGAGAAGAAGAGAGGGAGGCCUGCGUCCGGACCGGAUCCCAGGCAGAAGAAGCUGUGUUUUGGUUGAUGAUACGGUGGAAGGGGGACAUGUAUGGUGCUGAGCUUUUAGUAUAAAAUCACGACAUCACGAGCAAUGAACGAGAGUUUCCCAUUACGGGCAGGGUGCCAUUGUUAGGGAGGCCAUUUGACCUACUAUUUUCCUCGACACUUUCAGGCCUAGUAAACGGCGGAAAUCGAAACCAAGUGUUUCGUAUGUCGGGAGUUACUAUACAUACAUGGGUGGGGGGUAUAUCUACCUAGGUCUCGGCGCCCACCCCGCGGCUCGUCAAGCUCCGCCUGAUACGGUGGUCCUCCUCCUCGUCGCGGUGCAGCUGCUCUCCGGGCAGGCGGACGGCGCCGUCGAGGGCGACGGGCAGGCCGCGGUGCCGGCCGCGG